AUGUCGGCUGCAUUAUCGUUUGGUGUGAUUUCAACUUUCGAUCACCUGUCGCAAGAAUGGAAUACAUACAAAUCACGAAUCCAACAAUGGUUUAUCGCAAAUGACAUUAACGACGUGUCUGACAAAGCAAAGGUCAAACGCAGGGCGAUAUUACUCAGCGCGCUCAGCGAGUCUUCUUACAAGCUAGCAAGUGAUUUAUCGCUGCCGAAAAAGUUGGAAGAAUGCGAUUUCGAAGAAAUUUUACAUCUGUUGGAUAAUCACUUCACACCAAGGCGAAGUGGAUUUGCAGAAAGACACCAUUUUCAUUCGGCGACGCAACGAUCGGGUGAAACGCAUACCCAGUGGGCGGCUAGGGUUAGAGGAUUAGCUGCACAUUGUGGUUUUAAAAAUUUGGAAGAAGCACUGUUAGACAGAUUUGUCAUGGGUAUGGUAGCAGGUCCUGAGCGUGACAAGUUAUAUGCUCAAGAUCUACAGGAGCUAACGUUAGGAAAGGCUGUGGAGCUGGCAGAGAGCGUGCGGUGUGCGCGCCAGGCCGCGCAGGCGGCACCGGCCGGCUCAGCCGCAGUGAUCGGCGCAGCGAACGACGUAGUGUUCAAAAUUUUCAAAGGGGAAAAGUGCAGUGUAUGUGGCUAUACGAGUCAUAAAUCUAACCAAUGUCGUUUUAAGUCCUAUAAGUGUAAAAAGUGCGGUCAAAAAGGUCAUUUACGUAGGAUGUGUUCUAUCGGCAACAAGGUUCACUUUAUCGAGAAAAGUAAUGUGGAUGAGGACUGUGACGGUGAGUUGUUUUAUAAUAUUCGAUGCGUAAAAGGUAAACCGAUGACGGAGCGGGUUAAUGUUUGUGGUACGGUUUUAGAGUUUGAAAUCGACAGUGGGUCUGCUGUCAGUGUAUUGUCAGAAAAAACAUUUAAUAUUUAUUUUAAAGGUUUAACUUUAUCAACAUCAAAUAAGAAGUUAUUAAAUUACACGGGGGGAAACAUCGAGACGUUAGGAGUAGUGCGAGUGCCCGUAUCGUAUAGCGGCGUUACACGCGUAUUGGAUAUGUACGUAGUACGGAAUGGCGGGCCGCCGCUCCUCGGUCGUGAUUUUAUUCGGAAGUUUAACUUAGAACUCGCACCCGUAUCUGCUAACGAUACUAAUUAUUAUUUACAUGCUGGGGAUGAAUUUAUCGAUAAGAAAAUAUUUUCAAAAUUUCCAAAGCUUUUUUCAGACUCAUUAGGUUGCUUUAACAAAUUUAAAAUAGUUUUACACUUAAGAACCGAUGCUCGACCUAUGUUUUUUAAGCCUAGGCCAGUAGCAUAUGCUUUGAAAAAUAAAAUUGAUUCCGAAUUAAACCGUCUGAUAGAUUUAGGUAUUUUGAAGCCGGUCGAUCACGCUGAGUACGCAUCGCCAAUCGUGCCGGUCCUAAAAAAAGACGGUGGGAUUCGAAUCUGUGCAGAUUUUUCUGUUACAAUAAACAAAUAUCUAGUUAUCGAACAAUACCCGUUGCCGACGGUCGAGGAUCUUUUCGCAAAAUUACACGGUGGCGAGCAAUUUACCAAACUUGAUUUAUCUAUGGCGUAUAAUCAGUUGUGCUUAUCUGAAGAAUCGCAAAGCCUCACUUGUAUAAAUACUCAUAAAGGUUUAUUUAAAUACACUAGAUUAGUUUUCGGAUUAUCUAGCGCACCCGCUAUUUUUCAACGCACCAUAGAAUGUGUAUUAUCAGGUCUUGAAGGGGUGGUAGUAUUUUUAGAUGAUAUUUUAAUUACGGGUAAAAAUAGACAGCAACAUGAAAAUAGACUAUUGUCAGUUUUAGAACGGUUAGAGGAGGCUGGAUUAACUCUAAAAAAAAGUAAGUGUGAUUUUUUCAAAGACGAAAUUUCCUAUUUAGGGCACAUAAUAGACAAAAAUGGUAUAAGGAAAUCACCUGAUAAAGUUGAAGCUAUUUUAAAAGCACGUAAGCCUGAAAAUGUUUCUCAGUUACAGUCAUUCCUAGGGUUAAUUAAUUAUUAUAGGAAAUUUGUACCCGAUGCGGCGUCGAUACUCAGUCCACUGUAUGACUUGUUGCAUAAAAAGGCAAAAUGGCAAUGGACAUCAUUUCACGAUGAGGCGUUUCAAAAAAUAAAAAGGUUACUAGCUUCAGAAAAAAUAUUAGCGCACUUUGAUUCUAAUGCACAGCUGAUUUUGACAGUAGACGCCUCGCCGACGGGGCUGGGUGCCGUGUUGUCUCAAAUAUGUUACGACGGUAUAGAAAGACCUAUUGCCUACGCCUCCCGUACUCUUUCAAAAUCAGAAAAAAAUUAUUCGCAAAUACAAAAAGAAGCAACUGCUAUAAUAUUUGGUGUAAAACGAUACCAUCAAUACCUUUACGGACGUUCCGAUCCGUUUGUUUUGCGAACUGACCAUAAGCCUCUCAUUAGUAUUUUUCGACCGCAUCGAGGUAUACCGGAAAUAUCUGCAAACAGGUUACAGCGAUACGCAAUAUUUCUUUCGGGUUAUAAUUACGUUAUUGAGUUUGUUCGAAGUUGUAAUAACAAUGCGGAUUAUCUGUCUCGCUCAUCUAUAUGUAGCCUAGAACGGGAGACCUGCGCGAGUAGUAAAGUCGUUGAUUGUGUGGAUCGCGCAGCUUAUGUUAAUUUUGUAAUGAAUGGUAGUUUACCCAUUACAUUGAAUAGUUUAUGCCGUGAGACUGAAAAUGAUAAAAUACUCGGAAAAGUCAUAUCUUAUGUCAUUAAAGGUUGGCCUAGGAAAGUACUGGAUCCUGAUUUAAAACCGUAUUUUAAUUGUAGGUUACAAUUAUCGGUUGAAAAUGGAUGUCUUAUGCGUGGACAUAAGGUCGUUAUUCCGUUUUCUUUGCGUGACAAAAUAUGUACCGAGCUUCAUAGUAGUCAUUUCGGAAUAGUCAAAAUGAAAGCAGAGGCUCGAAAGAGAGUAUGGUUUCCCGGGAUCGACGCAGUAUUGGAGCGAAUGACUAAAACAUGUGGAGUGUGCGCUGCGCUUCGCCCCUCCCCUCCCCGUGCUCCGCCGGCGCCUUGGCCUACCCCACCGCACCCAUUUUAUAGAAUACAUGUAGAUUUUUUAGGUCCAAUAAAUAAUCAAAUGUUUUUAAUAAUUGUAGAUGCUUUUUCGAAAUGGGUGGAAUGUUACUCAAUGAAUGCGUCUUACGGGUCUAGAUCGGUAAUAGAGAAAUUGUGCGAAUUAAUGUCUCGAGUAGGUAUUCCGCACACACUGGUUAGCGACAAUGGUACAUCUUUUACGUCACAGGAAUUUUCCAACUUUUGUUUGAUUAAUGGAAUAAAACACAUACUAUCACCGGCAUAUCAUCCGUCGAGUAACGGUCAGGCGGAAAGUUUUGUAAAAAUCGUAAAGAGGGGAAUAAAAAGUAUAAUUUUAAGUAGUCCUAAUAAUAAAGUUAUGCAGACACAAAUCGCAAAAUUUUUAUUCGACUAUAGAAACUCGAAAAACAGUACCACAGACAUGUCACCUGCAGAAUUGUUGUAUGGUCGACCCUUAAGGUCUAGGUUAGAUUUAAUUGUUCCAACGCGACGUUUUCCUGUUCUUUCCACAUCCACAAAUUUUUCUCACUCAGUGAACAAUAAACAGUGCUUACAGGAGAAAUGUAAAAGUGAGUUCAGGACGUUUACAAUUGGACAAGCAGUGUGGGUAAAGAAGUUUGCAAGUAAUUUAAAAUUUUCGUGGGUGAAGGGAGUAAUUAAAAAGAAAUGUGGAAAUGUAAUGUACGAAAUUGAUUGUCCGGAAUUGGGUGGUAAAGUUAUAAGGCACAUUGAUCAAAUUCUUGCAAGGGUUUUGAAUUCAAGGCACAAAGAAAGAGAGAAUGAGUGGGACCCCGAUGUUAUUGAUGAUAUUAAAAAUGACACCACAUCAGUUACCACCGAUGUAGUAUCUGUUUCCGAUCGAGAUGACUCUUCUUCACCUCCCUCUACAUCGGAGUGUAUGGAACCGGGUUUCAGUGGGUCAGAUCAUACGCCAAGUAGCACCACCACAAUAUCUGCUAAGGAUACUAUUGUGUCAAGCAAAGCUACCACUGAUUAUCAGAGACAAAGAUCCAAACGCGAGCGACCGCCUGUAGAUUAUAAGCGUUUUUUUUAA